AUGGGAUUCGUCGCUCACCCUCCCAAAAUGAUUUUGAGACCGUCAUCACCCGAGGCUACAAAAUGGUUACAAAUGCUCCCUAUAGAAGCUAAAUACAUUCCAAUCAUCCAGUCUGGCAAGCUGGAGCGCCCUGGAACACGCUUUUUUGCGCAGGGAAAUAGGCAAGACUCUCGGACGAGUUCAUCGCUUUUGUGUGUCGAAUGUUCUUUGUACGUGGCCUUGUGUUGUGUGCACUUCGACCUGGCACCAGCCGCCAUGUGUCCCGGUGGUCGAGCGCGGGCAUCAUCGCAUUCUCGUCCCGUUCAAGGCGGAGCCAAGCCUACCACCACUCUCUCUCUCAUUUCAUCGACUUUUGCAUAA